AUGGAGACGACGAACGAGUCGGAAACAGUGACAGCUGUCUCUACGCUGCUCGAAGCCGCGACGCGCGUGCGACGCGCGAUGACGACGCGAUCGAAGAGCGACGAGAUCAGACGUCUCGGGACGUCGAUGAUGGGCGCUUUGACGAGCGAACGAUCGUCGGUAAAGGUUCGGUUGAUCAAGGGGAAGGCCAAGGCGUGCGCGGAGGCGUUGGAGCGAUGGGGCGAGACGCGAGCGCGGCGAGAGGCGGAGAUCGAGCGCGCGGUGGAGUCUUUGGACGAGAAGGGGAUGGUAGUGUUAGAAAAGAAAAUAAUGGAUGAUUUGCUAGAGUUUGAGAGGUAUUUAGAGGAUGAGGAGGUGUUGGAGGCGUUACCCAGAGCCGUUGCAGAUAUCACUGAGUUGACGUCCGAGCCGGAGCGGGCGACGAUCGAGACGAUGCAUCGAGCGUUAGGAGACGCGGAUGAGGCGAGCGCGCGGGGCUUAGAUGGUCUGUGCAGUGAAUUGAGCGCGAUCGAGGUCGAUCCGGCAUGGCGAGGGCGACUGAUGGCGGAGGUUCAGCGCUCUGCAGCGGAGAACGGGUGGAGCGCGGGUAACUUUGCGUAUGGAUCGACAUCGUUCUCGACGUGGUCAGAGCUCUUCGCACGAUGCGAUGCGCUUCGCGCGCGUGCAAGGACGCUCAAUGAUGAAGAUUUCGUCGUCUUCGGUAGCAGUGCUGGGUGGUUGGUGUUUUACGCCGCGGCGACGCUUCGCGCGCGGGCGUAUCGAGGAUUUGAAAUCCUUCAAACGCUGCACGACACCGCGUUGAGAGCGCUCGCCAAUUUCGAGCACCACACGUCGUCAAAGAUCGACUUCGUUCGCGCCGACAUGCUCUCGGCGUCGUUACAGAGCGUGGGAUUGAUCGUCUUGACCAGUCUGUGUUGGGAUGAAGCCGUGUACGAGGCGUGCGCGCGCAAGCUCGCUCGCGAGCUCCCUCUCGGCGCCCUCGUCAUCGACUACCGCGACGCGCUCGGGCGCCACGACGCGUUCACGCGACUCACCGACGACCCCAUUCGCUUACCCGUGAGCUGGAAUCCCAGGCAGGCGUUCUACGUCUUCGCCAAGACGACGUAA